CGACGUAGAACUACAAGGAGAUCAAUUGAGAUUAAGCAAAGAGAGAUCAGAAAGAAUUAGAAGAAGGGCAACAGACAGAUCGAAGCAAAAAAAAAAAUGUCUGGCUGCGGUGGCGACUGUGGAUGUGGCUCUAACUGCAAGUGCGGUGGAGGGUGCAAGAUGUUUCCUGAUCUCACCGUUUCUGAAGCAAAGGGUGCUGAGAUCUUGAUUUCUGGAGUUGCUCCGCUAGUUGGGCGUUUCAGUGGAGUAUUGGAGAUGGUUGAGGAAGGAUACGAUGUGAGUGAAGGGUGCAAGUGCGGCAAGUGUGGGUGUGACCCAUGCACCUGCAAGUGAUACCUCUCCUGUGUUCCGGGUGACCUGAGGAUCACGACAAAGUUUAUGUGUAGUUUGUUGAUAAUAAAUUGGCCAUGGGCGUUUCCUCAUCAUCUAGGGCACCAUGCCCUGGCCUAGCUUCUGUGCUUGCUCGUGUCCCAUGUGAAAGUUAUUGUGUCUCUGGUUGGAAUCCGAAUCAUGUAUACAUAAGUGUGGAAUGAAAUGAUCCUUUUCUUAUUA